UUUUUUUGUGUGUGUCGUGUGGUUGCCCUUAAUAUUUUUAUUAUGUGUGACAUGUGAUUAUCUUCUGCAAAUUAUAUUGCUAUAAUUUUUGUUAAAGUUAAUAUUCGGGAAUCAUGGCCCUGAUUAGACAAUCGACACCAAAAGAUGCUAUUAUCACUUUCGUGAAAGGUGAUGGCGCAUUUCUAAAAUUUUGGGCUUUGCCUGUCACUGCUGUUGAUACUUUAAAAGCCCUCGAAAACCAUUUAAGUAAAACGGGCAGUGAUUUGGCGAAUUCAUCAGGAUUUCUGAAUUGUAACCAAGUUCCUGUUGGUGCUGUAUGUGCUGUAUUUUCCAAAGGCAGACGGGCAUGGGUACGUGCUCGUGUUCUAAAUGUUAUCAAUUUCUCUGAACUUACAGUGCAAUUGAUAGAUUAUGGAAAUGAAGAAAGAGUAUCUAUUGAGGAAUUGAGAAAGCUGGAUGCUAAUUUAUGUCAAAAUAAAGGACAAGCUAUCGAAUGUAUAUUAGCUGACGUUCGACCGGCUUUUGAAGAAUGGUCUCUCGAUGCUGUUAGAUUUUGUGAAUCACAGUUACUUUAUCAAACUGUUUCUUGUUUUGUUGUUUCUAAUUAUGGGGAAGUACCAAUUGUGAGAAUUGCAAAAAAAGGUGAAAAAGAACCAUUUGUUCAAAGGCUUAUAAACAGUGGGCUUGCAUAUAUCAAGCCAGAAGUACCCCCUCAGCAACCUAUACGUCCUGUUUUUAAUUACAAAAUGAACAUUUUAGAUCGGAAUACUACUCAUCUUGUUAAAGUUGCAUGUUCAGAUAAUCCAUAUAAAUUCUAUGUGCAGCUUGCAGCAGCUGAAGUGGAAUUAAAUAAAUUGAUGGAUGAAAUCAGAGCAUAUACUUCUACAGAAAGUUUUGUUCCUGUUAAUUCACCACAGCUUGAAACUCCUUGUCUAGCUGUAUUUUCUGGUAGCCAUAUGUUCUGCCGAGCCACAAUUAAAUCAAUUACUCAUAACCAGUAUUCUGUGUUCUUUGUUGAUUACGGAUAUUGUGAACCAAAGCUUUAUAAAGAAUUGAGAGCAAUACCAAAUCGUUAUCUUGCUCUUCCUGCCCAAGCAAUUUGUUGUUCUUUACCUAAAGAUGAUAUUAGUGUGGAAGAAUUUCGUCGCAUUAUUAAUUGUGGACUUCUUGAGUGUCAUGUUGUAGGCCACAGUGGUUCAACAACUAACAUGGUUCAUAUUGUUCGUUUGGCACCACAUGCACAGCAGUCCUUGAUGCAAAGGCAUUUCCCUCCUACAAUGCCUCAGGUAUUGAGUUAUCAACGUCAAAAACUGAAUGUCAAUACUACAUAUGAUGUCACAGUAAGCUAUACUAAUGAUAUAACUGAAUUUUACUGUCAGCUUCUUCAAUUUAAAGAUCAGUUAGAUAAUUUGUCAAAUGUUCUUAAUUCUGGAUGUGAACUCGAGCCUUUAUCGCUUGUUGAUUGUGUCCCUAAUUUACCUGUUUGUGUAAAGUUCUCGGAAGAUCUUGCCUGGUAUCGAGCACAGAUUGUGAAAGUGAGUCAUGAGAACGAUAUUGAAGUAUUUUUUGUUGAUUAUGGUAAUUACGACAAUGCAUCUUUAAGAGAUGUUCGUAGGAUGAAGCCUGAUUUAAUGAAGCUUCCCAUCCAGGCUUAUAAGUGUUGUUUAUAUGGUGUUGAAUUACCUUCAGAUUCUAGCCAGAAAGAUAGCAUGUUUGACAUGUUUGAGGAAUUAACUGCUGGUGAAAAUUUGGUAGCACAUGUCCAUUCAAUUACAGAUGAUCAAAGUUAUGCCUUGACUCUCAAAGAUAAAAAUUCAUCUACUUCAGUCAAUGAAAAACUUAUGCCAAAAUUGUCAACUAUCCCUUCUGUACCUGUUUCUGAUGUUGAACAACUUUAUAUUACUUAUUUCAGUUCCCCCUCUUCAUUUUUUGCUCAGUUUGAAAAACUGAGCUUAAAAAAAUUGGAAGAAAUGCAAAUUGAAAUAAAUGAACUCUAUGCAAAUGCUCGAAAUACUUCUUUCAAACCAAAAGCUGGGGAUUUUGUUUGUGCGAAAUUUAGCAUGGACAAUGGCUUCUAUCGAGCCAGGGUUGAAAAAGCGGCUGGUAAUAGCUGUGAUGUGGCUUUUGUUGAUUAUGGAAAUAAGGAAACUAUUCCACUUUCUGAUAUUCAUCCCAUGGAAAAGAAAUUUAUAAGUUAUCCUCAGUUUGGCGUUGAAUGUGGAUUGGUUUCAUACCCACCUGCAACACCUAUUGAAAAGUUACAAAGUCUUAUGGUAGAAAACUCUAUUCAAGCAAAGAUGGUCAGAGAAGAAAAUAGGAAGUGGUUGAUAACUCUCACUGAAGAUUUCAAUGGAAAUGUUGCUAUUUUAGAACUAUUACGACAGCAUGAGACAGUUGUUCCACGCUCCAUACAUGGUGCUGGUCUCAGAGGAUUUCAAGAACACGUUACGAAGAAAGAAGCUAUUCCUGUAAAUAAUGAAUCCAGGCAAUCUCGAAGUGCCAAUCAGAACUCUGCAAAAUUUGAUUCAGUAAGACCACCAAGAAAUAAACAGCCUUUUGAUAAGAGUGAAAGGUCAUUUUCUUCUCCUGUCAAAGAGGACAGAAAAGAGACUCGAUCAUACGGAAAGGCAUUUGAUGUUACAUCUAUUCCUCCCAAAGCAUAUAGAAAUGUUUAUGUUUCUCAUGUAGUAAGUCCUAGUGAAUUUUAUUGCCAGGUAGAAGAAGAAAGUACUAAACUUCAAAUUAUGAUGAAAAGUAUUGAGGAUACAUACUGCAAUUUGAAUGACAAUGAAAUGAAAGUGCAUGACCUUGCUGUUGAUUCUCCAUGUUGUGCAAUGUUUCAAGAAGAUGAAUCCUGGUAUCGGGCACAGAUUAAAGAAAUUGGUCCAGAAACUUGUAAUGUUUAUUUUAUUGAUUAUGGAAAUACCGAUACUGUACCUAUUUCAAAGAUAAAGGAAUUACAAAGAGAAUUUUUCAACCUCCCCCCUCAAGCCAUACGUUGCAAAUCAUAUAAUGUAUCUCCAAAAAGUGGUAGUUGGAGUGAUGAAGACAUUGAAACUUUUAGAGAGAUGACCCUUGAAAAAUCAUUUGUUGCCCAGUUUGUGGAAUCAGAUGAAAAUGGUACUUAUGCUGUAAAUUUAGUAAGUAUUGGUAAAUUACAAGAUGAUGUUCUCAACAAAGAAUUUGUGUCUUUAGGUCAUGGACGUUUAGAAGAUGCAAGUAAAAUAAUUGUUAUGAAUUCUCACACUGUAUCAAGCAAUUUAACUUUUCCUGUACCCGUUGUUAACCUUGGCUCACUUGAAAAUGUGACUGUUACCUUUGGUCUAAAUCCUGGAGAGGUAUUUUGCCAACUGAAAUCUUCUGAAGAGGAUUUUAAAAAAAUGAUGUUUAAAAUGCAGGAAUAUUAUGAAAAAGUUUCGAUUGCAGAAGCAAUGAUUGAUAGACCUCACCCUGGAAUGAUAUGUGUUUGCCAGUUUUCUUUAGAUUCUGUAUGGUAUAGAGGUGAAAUUAAAAAAGUAGAAAAGAACUCAUUGGAUAUAUUGUAUGUAGAUUAUGGUAAUAAGGAAAUUGUUGAUAGGAAAAAAAUCCGUUCUAUUACUCAGGAUUUCACACUGUUGCCAAUUCAGGCUAUCAAAUGUCGUUUAAAAGGAAUUAAACCUCCUGGAAAAGCAUGGGCUGUGAAUGAUAAACUGGGCCAAUACUUUGAAGGAGAUGUACAGUGUAGAUUUAUUUCUAAAUUGGAAGAUUCUUAUCUGGUUGAUAUGACUUGCAAUAAAGAAAAUGUUGCUCAAAAGCUUGCCAAUGAUGGCCUUGCUGCCCUUGAUGUCCCUUUAAAAGAGCAGCAAAUUUUACCCCAGACAGUAAAAGCUAUAAAAUCACAGCCUAUGGCAUUACUUUUGAAACGAGAGAUGACUUUUGUUUCUGGACAGUUGUUAUCGGUUACUGUCUCUUUUGCUGAGAGCCCUUUCAAAUUUUGGUGCCAACUUGUGGAUGAAUCUGAACUUCUAGAAAAAUUGAUGUCUGAUAUUGAAAGUCAGUACAUGAAUAAUGGAGCUCAUCCUAUUAAUGCAGCUGCCUUGACACCUGGGGCUUACUGUAUGGCAAAAUAUUCAGAUGAUGAAUCAUGGUACAGAGCCCAAAUAAAAUCCUGCGAGUUGGAGAAGUAUGAAGUCUUCUUUAUAGAUUAUGGGAAUUCAGAAGAAACUUCAUUAAAUCAGUUAGCUGCAAUUCUUCCAGAGUUUCUUACAAUUCCUCCUUUAUGUUUUGAAUGUCGACUUUCAAGAGCUCCUCCCAACUGUGAUAGCAAUAAAACGGAAGAGUUCCAGGCAGCUGUAGAAGAAGCUGAAGAAAUAACUGCUAAAGUAGAAGGUGUUAUAAAUGACACUUACAUUAUGACUCUGCUUUUUGAAAAAGAUGGAGAAGAAGUGAAUCUUAGUGAUCUUCUCUUUGGUUUUCAUGAGGAUACUUCUACUUCUUUAUCUGCUGAAGUACCUAAAUUUUUACCUCCUGAUGUUCCUCUUGGCUACCAAGAAGGUUAUGCCACUGUGGUCAAUACACCUCAUGAUUUCUUCAUUCAACUAGCAACUAGUGAAGAUGUUUUGUUUGAAUUAGCAACUGAAUUGUCUAAACAAUGCGAGUCUGAUAAUGCAGCAGCAAUUAUUCAAAAUCCUUGCAUUGGCUAUGCUUGUUGUGCUCAGUUUCCUGAGGAUAAUAGUUGGUAUAGAGCUGAAGUUAUUAAUAUUCAAGGAACUUUUGUUGAUGUUCUUUUUGUGGACUAUGGAAAUACCAGUUCUGUUGAUAAGAAUCUCCUGAAACCCAUGGAUGAAAAACUAUUAGGUAUUCCUCCCUAUGCAAUAAGGUGCAAGUUGAAUGGAAUAACCUCUACUAGUGAUCAGUGGUCUGAUGUAGCUGUGGAUGCUUUUCAAGAUAUGGUCCUUGAUUGUCCUUUAGGAAUAACUUUCAUCAGCAAGGAUAUACCUGCCAUUGUUAAUAUAUCUAAGGAAGAUAAAGAUGUUGCCCAGAGCUUGAUAGAUAUGGAACUUGCUAUCAUUGACUCUUGCCCUGAAACUGAGGAGGCUUAUGCAGAUGAUCACUUAACAACAGUGGAGGACCAAUUGCAUUCUUUGCCUUCAGAUUUGAGCUAUCCACAGCGUAAGCUAAGUUCUUCUAAAAUGCCUGUAAAAAUUAGCUAUGUUGAUUCGUAUGAUAAAUUUUAUAUUAUGCCAUUGGAGCUCAGCACAGAACUGGAUACCGUGAUGAAAACACUUGAAAUUUUAUACUCUUCUGAAGGUGAAUCUGAUAAAACUAAGUCAUCUAUUCCAGAUGUACUUGAAGAUCCAUGUGUGUCCUUGCCUUGUGUUGCUAAAUACAGUGAAGAUGGGGCAUGGUAUAGAGCUGUUAUAACUGAUAUUGAAGGUGAAAAUAUUUAUGUUUUCUUUGUAGAUUAUGGAAAUUCUGAGGUUUCUUCAUUGAAAAAUCUGAGACCUCUCACUCCUGAAUUAAUUAAAAUACCACCCAUUGCAAUAGAAUGUAAACUGUAUGCUAUUCAAGCUAAAGAAGGAAAAGAAUAUGAAAUAACAGCUAAGUUAGAAGAAUAUUUUAUAGAUGAAGUAGAAUUAAAUAUGGAAGUUUUUCAGCUUAGUGAGCCUUAUGCAGUUCGAUUGUACCAUGGUGAUGGCGACUUGGCUGAAAUUUUGUGUCAAAAAGGAUUGGCUGAUGAAAUUAUUCCACCUCCUGAAACUUUUAAGGAAUUACUUGUUGAUAAUUUGAAUGAAAAUGUAGCAGAAAAUUUGCAGACAACAUUUGUUGAAGUGACAAGUAUCAAAUCUAAUAUCAUUCCACUCCGUUCCUUUGCUGAUAAAGAUGAACUGUCCAUUAAUGUCAAGUAUUGGGAAAAUGAAAAUGGCAUGAUUGCAGUAUAUGGUGUCCCAACAGAAAUAGACAAUGAGCUCUCUAGCUUUCAGGAGAGAUUGCAAAUUUUCUGUAAUGAAAAUGAGGAAAGACUAUCCAAUAUCAACUGCUUUGAUUAUUGUGCUGCCAAAUACUUGGAUGAUGAAAGCUGGUAUAGAGCACAAGUUAUAGCUGUGGAUGGAAAUGACAUUAAAGUUAAGUUCAUUGACUAUGGGAAUACUGAAGUGGUUGAACCAGAAUAUAUAAGUGCACUUCCACCCGAGUUCUUUUCGGAACCUCAGUUUUCUAUUAAAUUUUGCUUGAGUGGAUUUAGAGUUGAGAAUGACCAAAGUGAAAACUUGCAAGAGAAAAUGGAAGAAUAUGUGUAUAGUGAAAAUGUCAUUAUAAAACUGUGUAAACAUUUAUGCAGUAUGCCAAGUGCAUGUGCUACUAAUCUUUUAUAUGGAGAAGUGGAUCUUGUAGAUAUGCUUUUAGCCAAUAGCCUUGUUUCUCCUCAAUAUAUUGUUAAUAAUCGCCUUGACAAUAAAUUUGAGGCAACAAUUGAAAAUAUUAUUGGAGAUAUAUUUUAUUUACUUCCUGUUCAGUUUGCUCAUGAAAGAGAUAAUCUUCAAAAGUGUUUGCAGGAACAUUGUAAUGAAAGCAUUUCAUUUCAUGAAAUUGAUCCUAAAAGUUUAUAUGCUGUUAAAAUAGACAACAACUGGUCCCGUAUAUCUAUUUUAAGCAUUGAUGAUUCUGCUAAAUGUGCUUAUGUAAAAUGUAUUGAUUUUGGAAUUGAAACUGAAAUUGAAAUUACAAAUUUCUAUAUGUUGCCAAAGGAUUUGUGGCAUCUACCUUUAUUGUUACAUGAAUGUAAAAUUAUUAAUUCCCCUAGCAACAUAAAAACAAAAGAUGUAAAAGAAGUUUCUGGACGUAUCUUUGUGUGCGAGAUGAAAAAAUCCUAUCCUGUAAAAUAUCCUAUUGAAAUACAUUUGUUUGAGAAAGAUACAGAGAAAAAUACAGAGAAAAAUCAUGAGAAUUCUACUUUGAGUGAAAUUGACAGAGGCACAGAUGACAUUUUGUCGUCUGGGAACACCCUUGGAAAUGAAGAGAUAGCAAAAUCAGAAGAAAAGGCAGACAUUGAAAGGAGUGAAGUGGAAGAGUGUUUGGACAAUAAAGAGUUAGAUCAAAUUCCACAUGUUGAAAAUAUUGAAUCAGAUACAAAUAUGGAUAAUGAACUGUGCAGUGAUAUAGAAACAUGUGUUGCAGAUUCAAAUGAAAAACAGCCAGAAUCCUUACAAGAAUCUAAUCAUGACCAGUAUAACACUGAUAAUUUUAAUCAAGGAGAUGAUGAAACAUUAGGAGAUCUUGAUUCUAUGAGUAAAAUUGCCUAUGUUCCAGAAUGUGAAUUUGACAAAUUUUCUGAUGCUGAAAAUGUUUCAAGUAGUACUGCUCCGUCAGAUGUUGGUUCUGCUGAAAAGAUUCUGUCUGUUCCAGAAUGUGAAUUUUUAGAUGCUGAAAGUGCAUCUGAUAGUACUGCAUUGUCAAAUUCUAGUUCCCCUGAGAAAGCUUCAAAAAUUGAUCCUGAUGAAAGUAAAUUGUCAAGUAGUAUGGCAUUUUCAGAUGUUGAUUCUGUUGACAAUAUUGUGUCCUAUCCUGAAUGUGAAUUAUUAGACUCUGAAAGUGCUCCAGAAAGCAUUGUACUAUCAAAUUCUAGUUCUCCAGAAAAGGCUUCAAAUUUGGAUGUAAAUAAUUGUAAGUUGCCAAAUGACAUUGAUUUGUCAGAUUCAGCUGAAUCGGAUUUUGUAGCAAAAGCUUCAACUACUCUUCAAGAUACAGAAGCAGAAAAGCCAUUUAUCGAAUCAAAUGAAAUACCUGUAGGCAAUAACCUUUCUACUGAAGAUGUAGGUGGAGCUUUACUGGAUGACAAGGUUGAAAAUCACAGAGCGGAAUCAGAUGAGCUUGAUAAUUUGACAAAAAAUAAUUCUGUCGAGGAAAGUGAAUGGGAUGAGAGGCCAGAAUGUGACAUAAAACAGAUGCCUGAACAUCAGGAUCAAGGAUCUGAUGAAUUAUUUGAUGCAGAUGGUGUUAAAAAUUUAAACAAUCAUGCAAGUUUUAUUGAACAUCAAAAUACUGAGACAGUAUUUGAGUCACAAAUUGAUUUGGCAUCAAAUGAAAUUGAAGCUGACCUCUCAGUUGUAAAUGCACUUGGAGAUUUCUGUAUUAAUCCAUCUUCAGAAUCAUUCAAUUUAAUAGAGGAAUCAUCUCCAGAUGUGUUUACUGAUGUUUCUGAAGACCAAAUGGUAGGGAAAGUUGAUAUAUAUGUAUCAGAUAUUGUUAUUUCCAAUGGAUCUGUGAUGUUAUCUGUGAUACCUUAUGAUCUUCAUGUAAAGCUUAUGUCCACCUUAGGAGAAUCCCUUCAGAGCAUUUAUUCUAAGAAAGAACUUGGUUUCUCACAAUGCUCAGUUUCAGAUCUUUGUGCUGUGCAUUUGGAUGGUAUUUGGUGUAGAGGAAAGAUAAUGGAAAUCCAUGAAGAUGAAUUGACAAUAUUACUAAUUGAUUUUGGCAUAACUAAAACAGUAGAUAAAUCUUCAGUUGUCGAUCUUGAGCCUGAACAUAAAAAGAUUCCACCUUAUGCUGUAGAAUGCAAAUUAGCUGGUGUAUAUUGUUCUCCUGAAAAAGCAGAAGAUGCUAAAAACUUCAUAUUAGAUCUUUUGUCAAGAGUGCAAGAUACUGGCAAAGAUGUGUCUAUUGAAGUUGUUGAAAAGGGAAAGCCUAAACAAGUCAAUCUAUAUUUGACAGGCCAAAAUGUCUUAUUUGGUCUGCUUUCACAGAAUCUUGUCAGUCAGACAAUCUCCAAUUCAGAUUUAAAACCUGGAAAGUAUAGUGCAAAGACAUCCUAUAUUAAUAUCAGUUCUGGGAUAAUUCAGUUAUAUCUCAAUUUGGUGGAACAGCUGGACAGUUUACAAAGCCUUAAAAAUUCCAUGAAGAGUUCUUAUCCUUUGAAUACAGGAAAGGUUUCUGCUGUGGAAGCGGGAGUUUAUGCAAUUUUAUAUAAAGAUGCAUGGCACAGAGGAAAAGCUACAUCAACUGAUGGUGAAAUUCAGUUACAUCUUGUAGAUUCGGGUGAAACGGUUCCUGUUGGAGAAUUGUGUCAUUUACUUCCAGAACACUGCAUACCUCCACCUUUUGCCAUUUGUUGUCAACUUCCUGAUAAUAUUCUAAUUACAGAUGAUGCUCUUUCAGCUGUGGAAAAGAUUUUUACUGAAAGUGAAUUCUCUGUUGAUGUUAACCUGAACUCGGAGUCUCACAAUAUAUCUGCCAUUGUCACGGAUGAAGCAUUGCUCGAAAAAAUCAAAAAUCUGAUAUUGCUGGGACAGUCAGUUGUAAAUGAUACAGAAUCUUCUUAAAUUAUAAGAUAGAUUUUAUUUUUAUGCUAAGCUUCUCCCCCAAUUAAAAUAACUCAUAAUUUCUUAACUUUAUUUCAUUAUUAGAAUAAUUAGUAUUUUAAAUUUGUUUGGGGGCAUUUUCAUUCAUAGUUUGUGUUUUACUUUUCUUGUCAUUCAUAACUUUUUGAAGCAGCUUGAUUUUUUUUCAUGCCAAACUCAUCUGCAAAUGUAAUGUAAAUAAAGAAGAUUUUUGUAUUCUACAA